AGAACAGCAGCCAAUCAAAAGCAGUAAAUGUUGCACGUGAAGAUUAAUCAGGUUAUAUAUAGGAUUACUCCUUUAAUUGUACUCAUAAGCAUUACGAAACUUUUAACAGUGUCAUUUUAAUCAGUGAAAUACAUAUACGAUAUUAUACCUAUUUGAUUACGUUCAUAGACUAGUUAAAGACUACUUUACUACGAGACAAAAAUGGCAUCAUUACAGCAUGUUGUUAGAGUGAACUGCGGAAAUGCAAUAUCGAGCAGUGUUUGUGUUAGUGGUAUGCGAAGAAAUAACGAUUUAACUACACCACGAAAUCGAUCAUUAGCAAAUCUAAAUGGACAGAUUGAAUGUUAUCCCGGAAUCAUUACUGAAAAACCGAAACAUCCUGAUUACGCAAUAAAGGGUGUAAGACAAUCAUCAUUUUCAGGAUGGUGUUCAGAUGUCAUAGACCCAGCACAAUUAUCUGAAGCGGGAUUCUUUAAUACAGGGAUUAAAGACUGUGUAAGGUGCUUUUUCUGUGGCGGUGGUAUGAAGAACUGGGAAAGGGGUGAUAAUGCAUGGAUAGAACAUGCCAGAUGGUUUCCAAAUUGUGCAUACGUUAAAUUAUUCAAGGGAGAAGACUUUGUAAAUAUGUGUAGAAUGGCAAACAUCGGCGCUAUUUCAAAUGACCAAGUGCUGCAAAAUCAGGAACUUUUAGAAUGGUAUGUAGAGAACAAUAGGCAAAAUGUAGAAGAUCAGCUGAUAGAAGCUUUAAACAGCACAGCUGCCAAGCUUGUCAUGAAUAUGGGGUAUAACCAGGAAAUUGUUGAAAAGGCAAUAAAUGGUGUCAGACAGAAAUAUGGUACCACAGAGCUAAGAGCACAGUGCAUCCUAGAAUUUCUUCUCGAUAACAACUAUAGUCCUAAUUUUCUACCGGAAGUCAACGCAACUGCGUCCUUUGUAAGAACAACAUCACAUACAUCUAACUCAAAUAUCUCAUCAGAAAAAUCACCGACUUCUACUGCUUUACAAAGACUUCGUGAGGAUGUCUUAGAAGAAAAUAAAAACAAUGAGGAUCAAGAUGAAAGAAAUGACCCUGUAAGUCUACCGGACAUUCCUGAUCCUAAUCUUAUUUUUCGGAAUUCUAAUUACAUAUUGCCAGAAGAAACAACCCAAUUUGCCAUUACUAAUUUGGAAGCACAAAAUUCGGAAGAAAAACAAAUGCUGGAGGAAAAAAGAAGACUAAGGGAGCUUAUUACUUGCAAGAUUUGCUUAGAUCUAUAAGCGUGUAUUGUGUUUCUACCGUGUGGUCAUCUUGUUUCCUGUCAAGGUUGUGCGCAUAUGGUUGACACAUGUGCUGUUUGUCUGGCCUUUAUAGAAGGAAAAGUCUUGAUUAUGACAUGUGACUUACAAAUGAAUUAACUUGGGACUUUUUUAAGUUUUACCUUAUGAUACUAAUGGUGCCAAAAUUGCCAGCAAAUAUGUUUACUGGCUAUAUCGUGCAAUAGUUUGUUGUUUUAUACAUACUGUAGCUCCUUUCAAUUAGUUUGUCAAGCUGUAAGUUUUCAAAGAAACAUAAAACUGGAGUUAUCUGAACAUGAUUCUGUUUUUAUAUAAUAUACAAUAAUUCUAUAUGUCACAUUUUCAAA